UUAUUUAGAAACAUUCUCCAGAUAACUAUUUCAUACCGAGUUACCGACUGACCACUUCCCAACCGGCCUUGAUAUUGAACGCACAGAUUCACGUUUUUCGAUAAAAAAAGAGCGAUACUUAUUAUCUCAAGUAAUUCUAAGUUGAAGUUGUAAUAGAUAAGGAAGCAUGUUGUAUUUAGUGUCGCUCGCGUUAUUCGCGAGUGCUUUGUCGCCGGCUAGUGACGCGUUGUCGACGAAAAUGGCGAAAAAUCUCAAGGUCCUAGUGUCGUCCAACGACUUUCCUGAGAGCGGACUGGAUGUGUUGAGAGAACAUUUCACAGUGUUACAAAGCCGGUUCCUCCACUUCGGAGAUGAAGGCAUUAACGAGAACAAGGAAGAACUUCUCAACCUCAUCCCAGGGUGCUCCGCGCUCGUGUGGUCCUCCCACCAUCCCAUCACUAAGGAGCUACUGGACAAAGCAGGCCCUCAACUAAAGAUCGUGAGCACGGCCUCAGCAGGAUACAACCACGCCAACGUGCCCGAGCUCAAGGCGCGAGGCAUCAAACUGGCAAACACUCCCGGUGUACUGAGCUCUGCCGUCGCUGAAAUCGCCGUUGCGUUGAUGCUUGGUGCUGCAAGACGUUUUACUGAGAAUUUAGAACAAGUUCGAAGUGGGCAAUGGGAAAUCGGAUUCACCAAGGUGCUGGGACAGGACAUCCGCGGCAGUACAGUUGGUAUCGUUGGACUCGGUGGUAUCGGACAGGCGACAGUCAAGAGAUUGUCCGGGUUCGAAGUCGGCAAGUUUCUUUACACUGGACACAGGGAAAAACCUGAAGCUAAAGCCCUAAACGCGGAGUUCACAACCUUAGAUAAUCUGCUAAACCAGAGCGACUUCAUACUUCUGGCGGUUCCACUGACAGACGAGACGCUCCACAUGAUCAAUAGCACAACUCUCGGGAAAAUGAAGAAAAAUGCCAUUCUUAUUAAUGUCGGACGAGGAGAUCUAAUCGAUCAGGAUGCGCUCUACGAUGCUCUGAAAAACAAACAAAUCUACGCCGCCGGUCUCGACGUCACCACGCCUGAGCCUCUGCCCAAAGACCACAAACUUUUGACUUUGCCUAACUUGUUCGUCCUCCCUCACAUCGGCAGCGCGACGGUGCGCACGCGCAGCGACAUGGCCGUGCUCGCGGCAGAAAACGUCGUCAACGCACUCACGGGGAAACCGCUCAUUACACCCGUACUGCCAUAAUGUGAACGUUUAACAUGGCUCUAAAUUACAAUAAAUAUUAAUAUUCAUAAGACAAUAAUUGAGGUAUUACGCGCGCGUUUAGAUUGAGAUGAAACUUUGUCGAAGUAAAUUAAAAAUGACAGUUCUAGAACGAAGUUGGAUUGGCAAAGAAAGAUCAACUAAUAUUUAACAUUAAAAAAAAAAAAAAAAAAAUUACUUGUACGAUCUGUGUCAAUUUUUAAAGAAACUGAAUCGAUCUACUUCAUAAAUUAUUAUUAUUAAAGUCAUUUGGGGCAAUGGUGUAAUGGGGCAAAAUUAUAAACAAUCAUCUAGUCAUAAUGAAUAGGUAAAUAUCAUGAGUAACUUAAUACGUGCGAAUAUGCACGCCGUUUGAAGUGACGAAGUUGCCCCAGACGGAAUUGCCCCAACUGAUCUUUUACACUUUACCUGAUUCAUUGACAAACAAUGAUUAAUUGAAUUUUUCGAACUAUUGUAAUACUCGAUUAAAUGUUA